AUGUCAAGAAGAGGCUUACGAGAUGAAGAAAUCGAACGAUUAUUGUGUGAAAUUCCAUCAGACGAGGAUUCCACUGUUGACACCACAGAUGACGAAUCUGAUUAUGAAGCAAGCAUUGUUGCGGAGGCUAUUGUGUCGUCUGAAGGCGAAGUUUCAGAGAGCGAGGAAGAAAGUGAGUCCACUCCGCCAAAACGCGCUGCUGACACAGCGCCAACUUGGGGACAACAAUUCAAUGCUACCUCAGGAAUGCAGUUCGACAGUGAAUCAGGACCAAGUGCUUUUAUUAGGGACAUUGAUGAUCCAGAACCUAUCGAUAUAUUCGAAAAAAUAUUUCCAAAAGAGCUAGUUCAGCUAAUCGUUUUCCAAACAAAUUUAUAUGCGACGCAAUCUGGCAAGUCUUUCACUCCAACAACUGACAAUGAAAUACGAACUUUCCUGGGAAUCAACAUUUUGAUGGGUAUAAAGCGUAUGCCAGCAUACAGAGACUACUGGUCUAGUGCCCCAGAACUUCAUGAUCGUUAUAUUGCAUCUCUGAUGGCAGUAAAUCGGUUUGGAUGGUUACUGAGGAACAUUCAUCUGAAUGAUAACACAUUGCAUCCAGAAAAAGGACACCCAGGUUAUGACAAACUGUACAAGCUGCGACCAGUGAUCAAGAUACUAUCUGAAUCUUUUUCCAAGUGUUACCAACCCAGCAAACACCUAGCAAUUGAUGAGUCAAUGAUCAAAUUCAAAGGCCGCAACAGUAUGAAACAAUACAUGAGAGAUAAACCCAUAAAGCGUGGUUACAAAGUGUGGAUGCUGUGUGACAAGACCUCUUACAACUUGAAAUUUGAUAUUUACACCGGAAAAGAGAUCCUCACCGCCGCCCUGGAGGAAUGGAGCAAUUCCAGGAUGCCACUGUCCCAAUACGACAACAGAGUGAAGAUCCUCUCGUACUUGUGGGGGUUUCUAAACAGGUCUUCGGCGUUCGCCGUCACCGUGCAGGCGCAGUGUGUCAUCAUGUAG